UUAGCUUACUUUUUUUAUUGAUGUGUUGUUUAACCUAAGAUUUAUGAGAAGCAAAUGAUAUAAUGUGUGAGAAUAUCCUCUUUUAUUAAAGUUUGCUUGACUGUGCAUGCAGGAUUUCUAUUUAAUGAAAUAAGGAAAGAUUUAUGUUAAGUGUGAUUUAAUUUCUUAGAAUAUAAUGUAAUCUUGAUAUUUACAAAGUUCUGCUUAUGAAAAAAAUAGAGCACUCAAUUCUCUAGUUUGUAAAAGAAUUACUCUAUUCGAUUUAUAUAUUCUUUUCACACUAUAGAUACUGUUUUUUUUUUUUUUUUCACUUGAUUAUUUUUUCACAGGCGACUCUAUUCCUCCUUGAUGUUUUUAUUUCGAAUUGAUAAAUCGACAUUGUCCAAUUUUAUUCCUGAGACAUGUGAAGCAAUUUAUGCUGCAUUACAGGAUUAUAUUCAAGCUCCAUCAACUGAAGAAGAGUGGGUUGCCAUUGCGAAGGAAUUCGAGGAAAAGUGGAACUUUCCAAAUUGCUUUGACUCCCUAGAUGGAAAGCAUAUUCUGAUGCGGCAUAAGCGCAAAUAUGGCUCCCAGCUUUUCAAUUAUAAGAUGUGCAACAGCAUUGUGCUAUUUGCCAUAGUUGAUGCCAAUUGUAAUUUUUUGUAUAUAGAUGUGGGCACAAAUGGCAGGGUGGCAGAUAGCACCAUAUUUUCUAAAUCAACUCUAUUUAGUGCUCUUGAAAACAGGGCACUUUGUGUGCCAGGCCCUACUAGGCUAUUGAAUCAAUUGAAUGAUAGCGAAACCCCAUUUGUGAUGGUCGCAGAUGAGGCUUUCCCACUUAAAUCGUACUUGAUGAAGCCGGGAUUUAACGCGAACAAAAAGGAUAUUCAAUUACCGUUUGAGUAGGGCUAGAAGGACUGUCGGAAAUGCAUUUGGCAUCUUAUCUGCCAGAUUCGAAGUCCUUCAACGAGUCAACCCUCUCGAUAUUAAAAAAGUUGAGAGUAUCGUG